GCUAAGUAGCAUACGUGUAUCCAGAUUUUUUUAAAAAAAGUAUCUUGAUCUCAAAUUUAAACUGCUAAGUAUUUAUUAUUAGCUAGUUCUUUUUUAUGAAAGUUGUUACAAUGGAUCAGAAUCAAUCUCAAACGCCUCCGAAAUCGGAAUCUAAACUUUCCACCAAACUGCAACAAACCCAGCAGCAAGUCGACGAAGUAACUGAAAUAAUGAAGAUUAAUGUGCAACAAGUAAUAGAAAGAGGGUCGAAAAUUUCGGAAAUGGACGAACGAACAAAGCAUUUAGCAGAAUGUUCUAAAAUGUUUGAAAAAACUGGUAAAAGGUUGGACAGAAAAAUGUGGUGGAAGGAUAUGAAAAUGAGAAUAAUAUUGGCGACUGUUGGGGUGGUUUUAUUGACAAUUAUUAUAAUUAGUCCCAAAAGAUCUGGGGAUCAGUUUCUAGAAUUUGGAGCAGUCUGUACAAGUCUGGAUAAGGGCUGGAUAAAUCUGGAUGAAGUCUGUAAAACUCUGGAUAAGUCUGGAUAUUGUCUGGAAGAGUCUGGAAAUCUCUUGAAACAUCUGGAAAAGGCCAGGAACCUUCUUGAAAGGGUCGGAAAAAUUCUGGAAAAGGUCCCAAAAGACUUAGGGAUCAUUUUCCAGAAUCCGGAUCAGUCUGUACAAGUCUGGAUAAAUCUGGAUGAAGUCUGGAAGAUACUGGAAAGCUCUGAAUAA